AUGAGUGUACACGAACUAGACUACGCGCAGCCCGGUGCGAUGCGAUCCGAGUCUCUGCACCAUGUCGACGUGGAGGCAGGGCGCGGGUCGAUCAGUUCCCAGGUCUCCCCAACAGGGAGGGAUGGGCGAGAGGGGAGUUCAUUCCCGGUCUUCAGCACCGCCGCAGCACGAGUCAACUCCAGCGAGACGACCAAACGCCGAGCCCGACGCUCUAACACCGCACGCUCAUACCACCCCGAAGGAUUUGCCCAGGACUCUAACUGGCAGCCGGGAAAUGAACCUGGUAUCGACCCGACCAAACCGCUCCCCCCAUAUACAUCAGAAUGGUCGUCGAAUAUACCCGCGGAUCUACACCGACGCUGCGAAAUUACCAUUGUGGACUUCUCCCAGCAUGAGAUGCGGCAGUACGAAUUGGAUAAUGAUACAUUGGAGCAAUUCCUCGAGCGGGAGAGGGAGCCUUGGGUGCAAUGUCGGUGGAUUAACGUCAAUGGACUCAGUUGGGAUGUUAUCAAGAUUCUUGGAAAUCAUAAAGGAUUGCAUCGCCUUGCGAUUGAGGAUUUGGUUCAUACGACCAAUCGUACGAAGGCAGAUUGGUAUUCAGACCAUGCCUUUGUCGUGUUGACAUUGCAGAAGUUGAUGAAGAUCUAUGAGGAGGAAAGUGACUCGGAGGAGGAAGAGGAGGUUCCGGCUAGUCGAUGGAGGUCGAAGGACCGGAAAAACUCUGUGAUGAGUGACAGAAGCUCGAUCUCUCUAAAGAGACCCACGAAAACCAGUCUUAUUCUGGAAGCACUGAAGGACAUUUUCCGGUUCAGAAGAUCCACUAGCAAAGAAGAGAAGGAGAAGCCAACGGUUGGCUCCAGCGUUCGGCCUGGCCUUGGACGACGGUCUUCGAAACACGCUUCUCAUUUUGGAAAUGUUGGAACCGCGACACAGACUACAGCUAGGACUCUCCAGCGGUAUCGCGGUGGUCCCAAUGAAGACCGGAUCGAGUUCAUGGAACGCCACGCCGUACUUGCCGGCAAGGGUUUGUCUGUCACCUUGGAGCAAGUCUCAAUCUUCCUACAUGCAGAUAACACGGUGACAUCGUUCUUCGAAACGAGUGCGGACGAUAUCGAGGCGCCAAUUGUCCGACGUCUCAGCUCGCCCGAGACUAUCCUUCGACAGUCAUGCGAUGCCAGCAUGCUAUUGCAAGCCAUCAUCGACGCGGUGAUUGAUUUGGCAAUCCCAGUCACAAUGGCCUACCAAGACGCCAUUGGUGACCUCGAACUAGAGGUCUUAACAGAUCCCGACAUCGAUCAGUCAAAGUCUUUGUACAUCUUAACAUCUGAGAUUGCGGUUCUGCGAAACUCUAUGCAACCAAUCGUGGCCGUGAUGAAUGCACUCCGUGAUCACCGCUCUGAGCCAGUCGGUACACCUGGCUUUGGCGUCUUGCGAAAUCCUCUAAGCCCGGCUACUACACCCGCCGAGCCAGUUGACCCUCGUCCUCAUGUCGGUGUUAUCACCCCAAACUUGAAGAGCCUCGCUGGCACAAGUGUCACCAUCAGCUCCAUGUGCCAUACAUACCUGGGCGAUGCGCUAGAUCAUUGCAUUACCAUUGUAGAAGGGUAUGACCAGAUGCGGCGGGCUGCUGAUAACAUGAUCGACCUUAUUUUCAACACUAUUGGUGCCUACCAAAACGAGAGUAUGAAGCAGUUGACUCUUGUUACUUGCUUAUACCUUCCCAUGACAUUCUUGACAGGAUAUUUCGGUAUGAACUUCACAGAUUUCGCUGGAAUAGAACACAGCGACGGUUACUUCUGGAAGAUUGCGGUACCAUUCGUUUGCGCAACGACUUUCCUGCUGAUGCGUGAUAAAAUCCAGCGUUACGCUGUUAUGCUCGCUCAGAGACGUUUGAUUGUCAGCUCCCGGAAACAGAGACGGGAGAGGAAGAAGGAAUAG